UCACUAGUACCAGAUUGGACCAUGGCUCGCAUUUCCUGUGAUGCAUUCUCGCGUACCAGCGUCCUCGUAACCUAUCAGAGGAAUAGGGAGACUCCUUGUCCGUGUGGGGGAGAUGGAUGGGCUGGGCGUCUGAGCGACAAGGCAAUACCGUAGGUAGCCCAGGUCUCGCGCUCUUCACCGGAGAUUCCCCUCGCAUUCCUUUCCAUUGUGGACUUCGGUGUUGUCGGCUGCCAUGUUUGCGGUAUUGACCCUGAACGUUUUAUCAUCGCUGCUUUUAUAAGACAGUCACUCCUUUGCCAUCUCGCUCCUUCAUUAUCGUAGCCGGAUCUCCAAGAUGCGGCCUUCACUUGUCCCCUGGGAGGUUCUUCCCCUCGGGUUCAGCGCUGUAGUACUCGGGGCGACCACCGCAGAAAUUGUCUACGUGACCGACUUGACGAUAUUCACCGCCCUGGCACCAUGUGCGGCGAGCGCCCUCUCGUACGAUGUAAUGUCGCAGACAUAUUCCAACUGCCCCGAAGCCGUCUCGGACCUGCAAUCAUGUGUCUGCACGAAGAACCAGAACUCGGCUUCGAUAUUCACAGCCCUUUCCAGCUCGGUCAGCUACAGUUGUGGUUCGACUGCUAGUGACGACUUGGCUUCCGCCCAAACUGUCCUCAGCGCAUACUGCAAUCAGGAGGAGCCGCAACCGACCUUCCCACCGCCGUCCGUGCUGGUUACCCAGUACAUCACCGAUUUCCCCGAGAUAUCCUAUCUGGCACCAUGUGCCGCAUCUGCGCUUUCAUACGCUAUCCUGUACGUCACAUACAAUUACUGCCCGUCCGAUGCCACAGCUUUAGCAACAUGCGCGUGCGGGAAGAACCAGAAUUCGUUGAAGGUCAGCCAGAUCAUCAACACUUCGGCAAAGUACUCGUGCUCCUCGCACAGCGCCGAUAUCGCGUCGGCACAGGCUGUUUUUUCUGCGUACUGUAACCUGCUCAAGGGCACCUCGUCCUUUCCCAAGGCGUCCGCCCCCCCAGGCGAUAUGUCGUACUACAUCACUGCCUUGCCACAGUUCAGCAAGCUUGCCCCGUGUGCUGCGUCGGCUCUAUCGUACGCCGUUUUUUCGCAAACCUACAAGCUAUGCCCUCAUAAUGGGCCCCAGGAUGUAGCAUCGUGCGUCUGUAUCAAGGGAAGCAUGUCGAGCUCUAUUACGAGCAGUAUCACCAGCAACGUCAAGUACUCGUGUGAUUCCACUGCGAGUGAAGAUGUAUCUUCUGCCAUCGAGGUCUUCGACUUCUACUGCAGCGCUGCAAGGGCCGAGGUCACAGCCGCCGGUGUGACAGAGUCGAUAGCCGACAAUUAUCCCACGGCUGCGAGCGGGAAUUCCGCAGGCAGUGGAGGAGCGAAGCCCACGGGCAGCGGCAGCGGUAGUGGCGGCGGCGGUUCAGCGGGCAACUCUAAUGGAGGCGGGUCGAAGGGCGGGUCGAACAGCGGCACGAUUGCGGGCGCAGUUAUCGGCGUUGUCGGCGGUAUUGCCCUGAUUGCCGCCAUUGUGUUGUGCCUCAAGCGAAGGGCGCACAAGAAGUCAGACGAGGACGCAGUUGCAGCUGCAGCUGCAGCAACAGGAGCAGCAGAGGCCGGGGCAGGGGCAGCAGCGUUCGCCGGUCCCUAUAACCCGAAUUUCCCACCGAACGCCGGCAAGCCGGAGCUUGGAGGAAGCAUGGUCAGCGGGAUGCCACCCCCAGCCAGCCCGUCACCGAGCACGCUCAAGGUCGCCGGCACCAACCGCACGGAUAACGUGUCGCCCGUCUCCGCUCACACCGGCGGGUGGGCAGCACCCAAUAGACCGGAAUUGUAUGGCCAGGGACAGGCUUACCCACCGAUGCCGAAUAACGCCGCCGAACUGCAAGUCCCAGCCGGCGCGUACCCUCCGCCAAAUAGACCCGAGUUGAUGGGCCAAGCUCCCGGGUAUCCGCCAUCGCCUAACAGACCCGAACUCAUGGGACAGCAGGCCCCUCCGCAAUAUAACGGGUAUCAUGGCGGACAAGCCCCCCCCCAGGAGGCCUAUGGACAGCAAAUUUACGAAGUCCCCGGGCAACCCAGGCCGGUGUACGAGGCCCCGUCCCAACCAGUGGUUUCACCUGGACAACCGCCAGCCCCUGGGAUGGGUUGGCAAGCCGGCCCGGUUGCUAACUACCACGAACUGGAUGGAAACCACGGACAACCAAGGUGACAUGGGCACACGUGACAUAUGGCGAGUCAAGAGCCCAGAAAACUCCCAGAGUGAUAUCGAUAUAGAGGAGGAAUUUAUACCUGCGGUUGAGGACCAGAGGGUUGUAUUUCAGGGUCAUCUGUAUCAUGUAAAUACUUCGAGCACUUACAUGGCGAGACUCCGGGGUAGAGAGCCGUCAUUAUACCAUACUUUCUAAUACCAUCUGAGGUUCAUAAAGAUACAGGGCCAAUGGGUUGGGUCAAAAUCGUCCUCACCUUCGUUUGUAUGUAGCCUUGCAGUGGUCGUGUCGUUUAGAGGCGGGGCCGGGCGCGAAGGGCUCGAGUGGAUUGAGGAAUGACCAUAUUACUUGCUUUCAAUUUUUCAAAUUCCUACUAUCCAGGUACCUUCCUACAUACCUACAUACCUAGAGUUAGCCUCUUCGUUGCUAUUGUUAUUCGGAUCAAAUAGAUAGCCACUUAUCACUUAUUCAAC